CGACUGACAUUGACAUAUGACGUCAUGUUAUGUUUUAUCUAUCUUGGAAAUUUAGUGCAUCAUUAACAAUAAAUAAAAUUGGAUAAAAAUUUUAGUUCACGUGUACUUACCGCCAGUAUUUAUUUAUUAAACUACAGCAGCGGAAAUCCUGUCUGCCGCACCUGCUGAGAAAUUUCACAAUGGCCAGUAAUCAAGUACCAGGCGUCCAGGCAACAGCGCCUGAAGAUCUUCCACCACCGUACUCCGCAGUUGUUGGUAAUCCACAAUAUGGCUUCGUGGCGCCGGGCGGAGAACCCUUUACUGCAGCCGGUAGCGCGUACCCUCAUCCUCAACCACCAAAACAGUUUACACCACAAGGAGUGUAUCCUCACCCCACUAUCACUAUAACGAACACUCAGCCUCAGGCUGGUGAUAUGGGGCCGAUGCAACCCCCUCCUGUCCCCGUCGGAAUCGUCCUGCCGCCGGCGGUGGGUACGGAACCAGCGACUAUAACUUGCUUCAACUGUAGUAAAGUUGUGACAACAAGAGUGACUUACACAACGGCGUGGCAUACUCAUCUCGUUGCAGGAUCUGUCUGUGUUAUAACCAUGGUCUGCUCUCUCUGCUGUCUUGGCCUCGUCCCAUACUGCUUUGAUACAUUCAAAGAUGCUGAGCAUUACUGCCCCAACUGCAAUACUUUUAUUGGUAAAAGUAGCAAAUGUUAAUUAGUUGGCGGAAAGCUGAUGAUUUGAAGUCUCGUGAAAUUUAAAGCUGAAAAUUGAAAAAAAAAAAGAAUUUUAAGCUGUUAAGCAAUUAUGGUGCCAUUAAUAUGCAACAUGAGCCCCCUAGUUGCUAAGUGCUAUUAAUUACUAUCAAUUGUCUUCUCAACAUUUUGUAUUGCUUGUGAGUCACCUAUUUAUUAUUAUAAGAAUACAUUCAAAUCUUGAUUCACAUUCUACUUCACUUGUAUUCUAUCAAUGUAUUAUGAAUUCUAACUUGUUCUUGCCUUAUAUUCACCAUUCACUACAAUCAAUAAAUAUUGUAUAAGAUGUUGUGCAUAAUGAGCAAUAUUUUUUCACAUAGAAUGUAAUAAUAUGUUUAGAGUAAAAUUAUACAUGUGGUUAGGAUAGAUAGUGUCCAAUGCCUUCCUGUCAGAGAUAUACUCGAAAACUAAAAGUAAGCUUGUUUGAAAGAAAUUUGACCAUCCCGUUUAUAGAGACAGAGUUGUUUGCCUUGUCUGUCAUGUAAAUUUUCAGAACUUACUCCCAUUCUGAUUUAACAGUGGCAUAACUGGCUUUUUGAAUUUAGACUAAGAAUGUAAUUCUUAUUUGUAUUUCAAUGGCAAGUCAAACUUUUUUUUAUUGUAACUAAUGACAAAAAUAAUAUUUAUAAUAGAGUUGGCAGAUAAAUAAGGUUUUGGGUAUAUGCUCUCAUUUAGGUGUAGUUUUUUUUAAUAUUUAUGUAUAUUUUCGAAAGCAUGCUAUUUUAUUCUUUUAAUUAUUUUGGUAAUAUUUAGGUACAUAAUAAAGGUUUGUCGUAUUUCCAAUGCUAAUAUAAAUGCAUUCCAUCCAUUUUUAUAUUCUAUUUUAGAGCCUAAAAAUAUUUUAAUGUUUCAGCAAAUCCUUAUAGGUAAUUUAUUGUAGCAGAAAUAAAUGUGUUGGUAAAUUAUUUAUAACAGUUAGGAUACGAAUCAGUUAGGGAGGAAACAUUAACAACAUAAUUAACUUGGCGACUGAUAUUAGACUGAGUUUUAAAAAUACGAUUACUUGUGAAAAAUGUAAAAAGUAAAUUUUGUUAUACAGAUAUUAUGUAGCAAUAUAAUUAUUGAAAACAAGACGUAAUAAUCAGUAAAGCUUUUUUAUUUUGUAACUGUUAUAAUUUUCGUACAGGUACAUACAUAGAUGGUAACCAAAGCUAAAUUGUAUACUCAAUUUUGAUGGGUAUAAUGUAAAAUACCUACCCAUUGUAUGAUGUUAUUUCACUGUUUAUAAUUAUAUAUGUUAAUGUAUUUAAAUUGUAAA